AUGGAUUCAGAUUUUAGCUAUCACUACACGGACAAUUUCCUCAUCCACCCAUACGAGGAGGAGUUGAAGGAAGAGAAGAGGCGCCACAAGGAAAUGGAGAAGAUGAAGCAGCAUUGGGACAUGGUUGGAUUCGUCGCCGACGGCCAAUAUGGGAUUCUGAGAAGAUGCCCAUGUGGUGGAUCUAUGAAGCACGAUGUAUCUCCUUCUCUAAAAUUUAAACACGAUUUCGAUACUCAACCAGGCAGUAGGAUGAUGGACUCCACUUUCGCCAGCCAUGGGUUUUCGGAGUCGAACAAGAGAUUGAGAAGCUAGUUAUGAAAGUUGAAGAGCAGAGCAAGACGAUUGAAGAAAUGCGAAAACAGAUUCAGAUCCAAGCCGAAGAGAUAGCCACGCCAAGACUUAACGAAUCUGCAAUUUCUUUUAAUUGUUGUUUUAAUUGUUGUUCAAGACUAAUGUUUCAUUGCACUUCAAUGUUUUUUCAAUGUUUUAUAACUAUUUUUAGUGUUUU